GCGGUGGAAGGCGGAAGUGGGAGCGGAGUUGGGCGCCGCUUCUGUGGCCGCGGCAGUUUUCUGGUGAUGACAUGGCAUCUGCCAGCUCCAGCCGGGCAGGAGUGGCCCUGCCUUUUGAGAAGUCUCAGCUUACUUUGAAAGUGGUGUCAGCAAAGCCCAAGGUGCAUAAUCGUCAACCUCGAAUUAACUCAUUUGUGGAGGUGGCAGUGGAUGGACUCCCCAGUGAGACUAAGAAGACGGGGAAGCGAAUUGGGAGCUCCGAGCUUCUCUGGAAUGAGAUCAUCAUUUUGAAUGUCACAGCCCAGAGUCAUUUAGAUUUGAAGGUCUGGAGCUGCCAUACCUUGAGAAAUGAACUGCUAGGCACCGCCUCUGUCAACCUCUCCAAUGUCCUGAAGAACAAUGGGGGCAAAAUGGAGAACACGCAGCUGACCCUGAACCUGCAGACGGAGAACAAAGGCGGCGUUGUGUCGGGCGGUGAGCUGACAAUUUUCCUGGACGGGCCAACUGUUGAUCUGGGAAGCGUGCCUAAUGGCAGCGCAGUGACAGACGGAUCUCAGCCACCUUCAAGAGAAUCCAGCGGGACAGCUGUUGCUCCAGAGAACCGACACCAGCCCCCCAGCACAAACUGCUUUGGUGGGAGAUCUCGGACGCACAGACAUUCAGGUGGCUCAGCCAGAACAACCACAGCAGCCGGUGAGCAAAGCCCCGGUACCAGCAACCGGCACCGCCAGCCCGUCAAGAACCCAACCCACAGUGGCUUGGCCAAUGGCACAGUGAAUGACGAGCCCACCGCAGCCACUGAUCCUGAAGAGCCCUCUGUUGUUGGGGUGACAUCGUCGCCUGCUGCGGUGUCGAGUGUGACCUCAAAUCCCACUGCAGUGUCUCUCCCCGCUCCGGCCACACCGGCAGAAGGAGAGGAGCCCAGCACCUCAGGCACCCAGCAGCUACCGGCAGCUGCGCAGGCCCUCGAUGCUCUGCCUGCCGGAUGGGAACAGCGAGAGCUGCCUAAUGGGCGUGUCUAUUAUGUUGAUCAUAAUACCAAGACCACCACGUGGGAGCGGCCUCUUCCUCCAGGCUGGGAAAAGCGCACAGACCCCCGAGGCAGGUUUUACUAUGUGGAUCACAACACUCGGACCACCACCUGGCAGCGCCCCACAGCCGAGUACGUGCGGAACUAUGAGCAGUGGCAGUCCCAGCGCAAUCAGCUCCAGGGCGCCAUGCAGCACUUCAGCCAAAGAUUCCUCUACCAGUCUUCAAGUACUUCGACUGACCAUGACCCACUGGGCCCCCUCCCUCCUGGCUGGGAGAAGAGACAGGACAAUGGACGGGUGUAUUACGUGAACCAUAACACACGCACUACCCAGUGGGAGGACCCUCGGACCCAGGGGAUGAUCCAGGAACCAGCUUUGCCCCCGGGGUGGGAGAUGAAGUACACCAGUGAAGGGGUACGCUAUUUUGUGGACCACAAUACACGCACCACCACCUUUAAGGAUCCUCGCCCAGGGUUUGAGUCUGGGACGAAGCAAGGUUCCCCUGGUGCCUACGACCGAAGUUUUCGGUGGAAGUAUCACCAGUUCCGUUUCCUCUGCCACUCAAAUGCCCUCCCCAGCCAUGUGAAGAUCAGUGUUUCCAGGCAGACGCUUUUCGAGGAUUCUUUCCAACAGAUCAUGAACAUGAAGCCCUACGACCUGCGCCGCCGGCUCUACAUCAUCAUGCGGGGUGAGGAGGGCCUGGACUACGGGGGCAUCGCCAGGGAGUGGUUUUUCCUCCUGUCCCAUGAAGUGCUCAACCCCAUGUAUUGUUUAUUUGAAUAUGCCGGGAAGAACAAUUACUGCCUGCAGAUCAACCCUGCCUCCUCCAUCAACCCUGACCACCUCACCUACUUCCGCUUUAUUGGCCGAUUCAUCGCUAUGGCUCUGUACCAUGGAAAGUUCAUUGACACAGGCUUCACCCUCCCUUUCUAUAAGCGGAUGCUCAACAAGAGACCAACCCUGAAGGACCUGGAAUCUAUCGACCCUGAAUUCUACAACUCUAUUGUCUGGAUCAAAGAGAACAACCUGGAAGAGUGUGGUCUAGAGCUGUACUUCAUCCAGGACAUGGAGAUCCUGGGCAAGGUGACAACCCACGAGCUCAAGGAAGGUGGUGAGAGCAUCCGAGUGACAGAGGAGAACAAGGACGAGUACAUCAUGCUGCUGACCGACUGGCGUUUCACCCGGGGCGUGGAAGAGCAGACCAAAGCCUUCCUGGAUGGCUUCAACGAGGUGGCCCCCCUGGAGUGGUUGCGCUACUUUGAUGAGAAAGAGCUGGAGCUAAUGCUUUGCGGCAUGCAAGAGAUAGACAUGAGCGACUGGCAGAAGAACACUAUUUACCGACACUACACCAAGAACAGCAAGCAGAUCCAGUGGUUCUGGCAGGUGGUGAAGGAGAUGGACAACGAGAAGAGGAUCCGACUGCUGCAGUUCGUCACUGGGACUUGCCGCCUGCCUGUUGGCGGAUUUGCGGAACUCAUCGGUAGCAAUGGACCACAGAAGUUUUGCAUCGACAAGGUUGGCAAGGAAACCUGGCUGCCCAGAAGUCACACGUGUUUCAACCGCCUGGAUCUCCCACCGUACAAGAGCUAUGAACAGCUGAAAGAGAAGCUGCUGUACGCCAUUGAGGAGACUGAAGGCUUCGGACAGGAGUAACUGAGGCUGCCCCCCCCCC